AUGACAACUCCCGCUCCUCUCUCUCGCAAUGAGUCGCAGGCCUCUAGCCGUCGAAGCACAAGUCUAGGAUCCCGACUUUUUCGAUCCAAAAGCGGAGAAGCCUUGGGUGAUCGAAAGAACUCUACCAGCCGCCUGAAAAAGAAACAAGGCGAGAUGGAUGAAGCCUCAAAAGUGACACAGUCUCCUCCGCGCCUUCCAGGUUAUACCCCGCAGCCAUUGGGCAUUCAGACAUUCGGUGGUGAAAAUUACAAUCCUCGUUUCUCGUCGAGAGAAUACACGAAUGGCGCAAGACAGCCUCCAGUACCUCCAUUGCCCGAGCACUUGGAAAAGGAGGUCGUGGAUCCGUACGCUCGAACUGAAAGCAUGACCCAUCGUGGCCGAUAUUCUUAUGCCAAUUCAACCGUUUCCACCCUUAAUUCCCCUCGACGAGUUCGACGUCGCAAAGAUCCCACCCCAUACAAUAUUCUAAUCAUUGGCGCUCGAAAUUCGGGCAAGACAUCUUUUCUCAACUUCCUCAAAAGUUCUCUCGCGCUCCCGCCGAGGAAGCAAUCGAAUCGAGCGCCAGACGACGAUACCCCGCCAUCUUCCGCGCGAGCGAAUCCCAACUUUGUCCACCAUUACCAAGAAAUUGAAGUUGACAAUGAGCGGAUCGGCUUGACACUGUGGGAUUCUCAAGGUCUGGAUAAAGGAGUCGUGGACCUCCAACUAAGAGACAUGAGCAACUUUGUGGAGAGCAAGUUUGACGACACCUUCAUUGAGGAGAUGAAGGUCGUUCGUGCCCCUGGCGUCAGAGACACUCACAUCCACUGUGUCUUCUUCAUUCUUGAUCCUUCCCGACUCGAUGCGAAUAUCAAUGCGUCGCAGGGACUCACCAAUGGAGUUGAGGGUGGUCGAAUUGGCAAGCCACCUCGAAUUGUGGGAGCCCUUGAUGAGGACUUUGACAUUCAAGUGAUGAAGACGCUUUCGGGAAAAACCACCGUCAUCCCGGUCAUCAGCAAGGCAGAUACCAUCACAACCGCCCACAUGUCGUUUCUCAAACAGAAAGUCAGCAGGAGUUUGAAAAAGGCCGGUCUCGAUCCUCUUGAGGCCUUAAGUUUUGAACCGGAAGAAUCAGAUGACGAGAGGCUUGACGAGCGGGACGAGGAUGAAAAUAGUAGUGCCGGUGAUUCAGAAAGCGGCGCGGCCUCACAGAAGAGCGACGACUCGGAGGCAAAUCAAACUCCCUCGAAUAUGAAACCACCGAUCGACCACAAAAAUCUUUCUAUCACUGAUCCUAUUCUUGAUAGUGGUUAUGUCCCUUGGUCAAUCAUCAGCCCGGACAAGUACUCUCUGGAAUCGAAGGACGGACCGCUUGGUCGGCAAUUCCCUUGGGGAUUUGCUGAUCCGUACAAUUCUGAUCAUUGUGAUUUCGUCAGACUGAAGGACGCGGUGUUUGGAGAAUGGCGAUCGGAGUUGCGAGAAGCAAGCCGCGAAGUGUUCUAUGAACGAUGGAGGACGAAUCGCCUUAAUCGUCGAGGCAUGAAGUCAAAUGGCCUACCAUCAGGACCGAGACAAAGUGGAGGUGGCAUACCGAUUCCCCUGCAACCUCGAAUGCGUUGA